AUGAAUGUGCUACGUUCAAUGUUCGGAGUGUGCAGCGGUUCGGCGGAGAAGAGCGAAGUCCAUGACAUGGUGCGAAGGAUAUUCGGAAAUGAACUCGUCAUGAAAGACAACACGGAUCGGCAAAAUCAGAAAAGCAAGUAUUUGACCCACAUAAGAGAAAAUCUGACUAAAAUAAUAGACGCAAAAGUUGUAAGCCAUAAGUCGAAAUUCUCCAAAAAGCAUAUCACAACUUUUAUUGAUAAACAAGAUACCGCAGACGAAAGGCCAGGUCGCAUUGGUCCUAAAAUCGUUGUUUUUGAUGCCUCAACUGGAACUGGUCGCUUAGUCCUCGUUGGAGACGAAAGGGUUAGCGUCCAAGGUCUGUCUAGCUUUGCCACCAUCAGAGCGACUGCGUGCGUUUAUUCCGGGAAAUGGAUGUACGAGGUACAGCUUGGAACUAAAGGCAUUAUGCAGAUUGGUUGGUGCACAGCGAGCUGUACGUUUUCCAUGGAUACGGGGGUGGGCGAUACCACCCAUUCUUAUGCAUAUGAUGGUGGAAGAGUGAGGCGAUGGAAUGUGGCCACGUCACCUUAUGGCCACGCAUGGCUGCCCGGUGACGUCAUCAGCACUUGUCUCGAUCUCGAUAAGGGGACCUUAGAAUUCUAUAGGAACGGCGAAUCGAUGGGCAUAGCGUUUGAUUCUGUCGUCCAUGGCACUGGGCUUGCGUAUUUUCCAGCAGUUUCUUUGGCUAUGCAAGAGCACCUUUACGCAAACUUCGGCCAUGUCCCAUUUAUUUUUCCUGUGGAGGGUUACGCUCCAUUGCAGGCGCCUCCUGUGAAAGAGUGUGGUCGAGCGACUUUUCUAUUCAAAUCACUUGAUGCUAUUAUUGAUGAACUUGCUCAUCUGUCUGAUUUAAAAACUGGAAUUGUUGCAAAAUCCAGCAAGGUCAAAUCAGAGUCAUCAAAAGUGGCAGAGGAAGAGGUGGCUGUGCGUAUCGACAGUUCAAACUCUGUUUAUAGUCCCCGAGCAUCUCCAACUAACGUUCUUGAUGUUCAGAGUUCUGAAGUUAAGAAGAUGUCGAGAAAAGCAUUUCUAAUGUCACUGGCUCGACUCGUGGUGAUAGAAUUGGGUGGUUGUUUGAAGUUGUCGUACGUCGUAAUUGGUGAGCUGCUUCCGCGAUUCCGUGGAUCAUUGGGAUUGAAGUCUAGAAGCAUAAACCUUGAUCAACACACCGCUGAAUUAUAUACAAUUAACAAGAAGGAAGCUUUUAGCGAUCUUUCAUCAAAAAUAUUGACACAACCUCAACCAAAGCUGUGCACGCUUUUAGAUUUGCUAUGGACAUUUCUAGAUGAAUCUUCACUAUGUGACAUAUUUGAGCAUUGUGUAGUCAGGGAGUGUUUGCUCUUCGACUCAGUAUCGCGGGACAUGAAUUUUAACCAACAAAUUGACUGCGUUUAUGUGUUAUGUGGCUUGAUGCAGCAUCGUGAGACGAGACAUCAUCUCGUAAAAUACGUGUUCUUCAAUAAGAUAUCAUUUGAUAACUUUCUCAACGUGAAAUGCCCGGAUGAAAGUGUCUUGCGCACUGUUGUACAAAAACCAUGGUGGCAUAGACCCACUCCUGUUCAAGGAGAAACAGACCCUAGGAUAGCUGAUAAAACACCUUCGACUCAGAACGAUAUUUCUUUGGAGAAACAGUAUAAAGAUGAUUGUGAAAAGAUAACUAAAGCCAUAGCACCGUUAGAAAAUAUUCAGUUGGAAUUUCUUCUAAUAUUAUUGGAUAAUUCGGAUGGUUCAAACGUUGUACCGUCAACACGAAAAAUUUUCUUGGAAAAGUUCCGAAGAUACAUUAUGGAUAACUGUAUUUUAGACAUGCGGCUUUUUAAUAUCUCGCGCAACUCACCCGCCAUUUCGUGGUGUUGCCAUGCAAGGCUCCUCUCUGCUGUACUAAAAUUAUGGGAGGUAGAGAAACCACUCGGAAAUGUGAAUGCACCACCAUAUUUACCACCAAAAACGUUUAUUGAUGGCGAACUGGACUUUUAUAAUGUUGACCGACUUGGUGGUGUCCUACCUUUCUUGGUCAGAACUCUCAGACAUGACCUCGUCGACGUCUUAGGAGAGGAUAAUCCGUUCAUACAAAGUUUCGAACCGAAUUACAACCGAGCCGGAGGGAUCGAUGCUGGUGUAAGUGAGAUGGCGGCUGGAUCACCAGGUCUGGCAACACUGCCGCAAGUGAUAUCAUCAAUGGCUAGAUUUAUGCAUGCUGCGAUGCCACUAAUACCAAACAGAACCACGGGCGAGACGGCAUUAGCUUUAAAAGGCGCUAGGUCCUUGAUGCCAGGCGCUGGAGCUAUCGACAUUAGAUUGGCAUUUCUGAGAUUGCUCGAUGGUGUUCUGGCGCUGUACCAUGGUGCUGCUAUUAAACAUGCAGAAAAAUUAUGUGAACUCAGAGAUAGUCAACUCGAUUUGGCUGACUGCCUACAUGAUAUCGAACAACGUUUAGCCACUGUUUCCUUGGAAUUGCAGACGGGAAUGGAUGCGAGGAAAGAAUUAACGGAAGAAGAAAAAGUAACAAAGCAAGUUUUGGAAAGAAUACUUAAGGAGCUGGAGAGAUCUAAAUCUGUCUAUGAGGAGAAAUUAGAAUCGGGCGCAUUGCAAAUGGCUUGGGUGAUUGGGGCCAUUUGGACUAAACAACGGCAACAAGAACUGGCGAAGCAUUUUGCUGGCACUCUCCACUCACUGCGUUUGUCGUCUGAUCCCGAUUACGCAAAUCACAUUGAAGUUGCCAGUAAAGAAAUUCUACCGGAUAAGAGCUCUCUUCUUGGCACUGGAAGCUAUGCGUCAUUACAAUUGGAGUACACAUCCAGCUCUGAUCAAAGCCCGCAAAGUCCAACGUCCAGAGCGGCGACGCCUCUUCAAGGAUCAAAUGCUCAAAUUAUUAUUUCAAAUGCACAUGGCCGCCAGUCUGGAUUUGCGGAAUCUUUAUUUGCCUUUGUACCCGAAUACCACGUGGAUGCUAUGUUGGAACUUUGUAACACUUUGAGAUUGUACAUGCAUCCGACUGUACCCAUACAUCAAGUAACAGAAUGGGAAGAGAUGAUGGUAUCAUGCGCAUCCUUUCUAUGCGCGGAGUUUGCGGACCAACGUAUUGUGCUGGCUAGUACGAGGGAAUCGCUUGUUCAAACAUUGGCGUCAUUUGCAACGCAGCCAGCCACUAUGAGAGCGAUAGAGAAAGUGCCCAUAAAACAGCAGAUGUGCAUGGUGGAGGAAUUGGUGCGGCCUUAUCAAAAUCGUGCUUGGGCCCAGUCCAAUUGGGUGCUCGUUCGCUUUUGGCACGGCUCCGGUUUUGGCUUUCGACACCGACAAUGGCCACAUUUGGCUGCGAAAUUCGGUGAUAGAGAACCAACUGUAAAUAAUUUGGGUGCAAAGGUUGACGCCGGUCUUAUGUCUCAAUGCUUCGGUCCUUGCCCGUCAGAAGUGAUCCAAAGUCGCAUAAAAGAUUACCUUAUGUCAAAUCCAAAACAAGCCUCUUCAUUUCUUAACUCUCUGCUCAGUCAGUUAAACUGGGCGUUCUCAGAGUUUAUCACAAUGAUGCAAGAGAUGGACAGAGUGAACAUCGAUGCUCAUCUAGAACCUCGUCAGAUUAAGUUAUGUGCGACUUGCUUUGACCUUUACCACGGGUUGGCACGAGCACUGGAGAUGACUCUCUAUUUGGCGCCUACUUUGCUUACAAAACCUGAGACCAGCGAUAACCAAAACGAACUGCUACUUGGACGGACUUGUCAGAUUCUAAUGGCUGUGAUAUCACGUGUCUGCGUUCGAGUGGGCGGCGGAGCUGGGUUUGCGCGGCUGGUAGCCAGGGGCUUGCCUGAUACAGACCGCGUCCACUACUACGUCGCAUUAGCGCCGGUAGCCGGCUGCCUAGUCAGAAUGCUGGACCCUGAUCUCUCUGCUGAUCAUUUAAAAAAAGCAACCAAAGCGAUUGUGAACGAGCCUUUAUUCCGCAUUGACGGACUUGAGUUCAUGUUGGGAAGGUCUAAAGAUAAACAUUUCUCAUUUUAUGACUAUCCUGACGAUGUCACAUCAGACGAACUGAAGGCUCUCGAGGCCGUCGUCAUUCGUUUACGGGUGGCGCGUGAAGCCGUGGUAAAAGUCAACUCGCCCGGCUCUAGCGGGACGCAGUCUGAGCUGCUGUGCACUAUCUGCUAUGCAAGACCUGCGGACACUGCGUUUGUGCCUUGUGGACAUCACUCUUGUCGGCCGUGCAUAAUGCAGCAUCUUCUGAACAGUAAGCAGUGUUUCUUCUGCAAGGCUGACAUCGAGUCGGUGCACGAAAUAGAACCUGCGAAUAACUGA